AUUAACUCGUGCUCGCCUCGUUUUUAGUCCAAGCUUCCCCACGACUCCCCGCGACCGGAGAAGGAGAGAGAGAGAGAGAGAGAGAGUGGGGGCAUCCAGAUCGGCGGCGAUGGCGGCGGUGGCAGCGAUGGUGGUGGUGGUGGCGCUGCUGCUGGGCGGCGGCGCGGUGGAGGCGGUGUGGCUCGACCUGCCGCCGACGGGGACCAAGUGCGUGUCCGAGGAGAUCCAGCCCAACGUGGUGGUGCUCGCGGACUACGCCCUCAUGUACGAGUCCCACCCCACCGCGCACCCCACUGUGGCCGUCAAGGUUACCUCACCAUAUGGUAAUACUGUACAUCACAAUGAGAAUGCCACAACGGGUCAGUUUGCGUUUACAACUUCAGAAGCUGGAAAUUACCUUGCGUGCUUCUGGCUAGACAGUCCGGAGAAAGGAUCAGGAGUAUCCCUAAAUCUUGAUUGGAAGAUAGGGAUUGCGGCAAAGGAUUGGGACACUGUUGCUAAGAAGGAAAAAAUUGAGGGUGUAGAACUAGAACUCAGGAAACUUGAAGCUGCGGUGGAAUCCAUUCAUCACAAUCUAUUAUAUCUCAAAGCAAGGGAAGCGGAGAUGCGGACAGUGAGUGAGAAAACAAAUUCUAGGGUUGCAUGGUUUAGCAUCCUGUCACUGGGAGUCUGCAUCGUGGUGUCCGUUUUGCAGUUGUGGCAUCUUCAAGGGUUCUUCCGGAAGAAGAAGCUCAUCUAAACCGAUCCCUUGUUUGAUAUGUGUACUCCAGUGUUAACUUACCUUAGGAAAAAGGGAGAGUUUUUGUCAUGUUUAAUUUCGAACAGCUCAUGUGACGGUCAAAUACAGUUGGUUGAUACUCUAUACAUGAAUUCAAUAGCAAGCAACCUGUACUAUUACUGUGUGCAAAACAUGUUCAGAAUUGGUUCUGGAAUUAUUCAGCCAACUUUUGGGUGAUCA